AUGCAACCUCUAAACCCAUUCCUCAGCGCCUUCUCUAAGAGCCCUAUCCUCGCCCAGUGCUUGCCGACCCAACAGCACAUCCUCCUUGUUCCCACCGCAGAUGUCCUGCUCAACGCCCGCGACAGCGAUACGGGCGCGCCGCUGGUGGCCUCCAUCGCCCAGGAUGACUUCCUGGCCAGCCAUGUGCUGCGCAUCCCGAUACCGAAGCCGACGGGGCCGGGGGGGAAGGACGUCGCCCAGAGCCUGCGCGAGAUGCGCGGGAAGCCCAAGGUCUACGGUACCUUCAACGGCAGGAGUCUCGUCAUCAAGGAUAACUGCAUCUACACUAAUAAGGGUUUCAAGUCGUUAACCCAAGCUAUUCUUCUCCACGACGCCAUCUGGUACCCCGACACUCUCGACCCCCGACCGUUCUUAAUCUACUACAUAUCGCGUCCGUUGGUGGGAUCGUGGGAAGAAGUUCAUGUGCCACCAGCCAUACUGCCACCGGCGUCCGAAGGAGAUGGCCGACUCGCAAAGGCGCCAGAAACCCGAGAGCAGUCCUCCAGCUCGCCCAAGAAGAAAGACAUUAAGACGUUCCAUGAGCUGCUCAUCCAUUUCCCGGCCAUUGCAAAGCAGAUGCAGGCCGGCCUGGAGAAGCUGUUUCGCGAAUUUACACUCGUAUUCGAACGACCCUUACCACCACCGCCAUCGGCCAACAACAUACCGGAUCCGGAGCCAGAUGGACCAAUAACUACGGCACUGAAGAGAGCGAGGUCAGACAGCGAUGUUAGUCUGGGCGCUUCCGAAGGGGUCAAUGGGACCCCCGUACCCGGGGCCUUCCAGGACGACGAGACCAUUAUGAGGACCGCUAUGGAGACGGCCGUCACGGCUGCUAUCGACCUGUUUCAGAGCGUCGAUAGGCAGCAGCUUUCACUCCUGGGCGCUACUACGGAUCUCACGGGGCCGCUUGUUGAGCGACUGAUCGAGCGCUACAUCACCGAAAACGUGCACCACAUGGUAUUCCCACGACUCGCGGCGCUUAGGAGGUUGGAGGAUCUGGAGUUGGAGGCCAAAAUCAGGCAGAUGGACUUUAUCGACAUCUCGCAGCUGGGGGUCGCUAUCGACGGGGGCAGCAGUGCCAAGCGCGACGUCGUCAAUCGACUCGGUCGAGCGGUCGAGGAGUUCCGGAAAAUGCCCCAUGCCAGCUGCCCGCAGGAGAUGAUGGAGAUUCUCUUAGCCACGACCAAGGCGGCAACUCAGCUCUCGGACGCGCCGCAACCGGGGCAGGCCUUAGGAUCAGCAACAGAGAAACCGCCCAUGACAAUUAACGCGGAUACCUUGGUAUCACUGUUGCUCUACGUUGUAAUAAAGGCACAGAUCAAGCAUCUGCAGGCAAGGCUGGCUUACAUACAAAACUUUGUCUUUAUUGAUGACGUAGAAAGCGGCGAGAUGGGAUAUGCGCUCAGCACUUGCGAAGCGGUUUUGUCAUACCUUGACCGCGACUCUGGCGGCCUGCGGAGGGCAAGCCGGCGCAACAGGGCUCUGUGGGACGCCGUUUCGAAAGGCGAUCUCCCCGAGUUGAGGAAGAUAAUGGAGCCCGAGGAGGACGCCAUCGAGGAUGACAACCCCGUAUUCGGGUCAUCUCACUCCCGCAGGCAAUCGUCCAGUGGCUGGAGCUUCACGAACGGGAUCUCGAGGCGGUCCUCACUGAGCUUUACCACCUUAGAGAGCUUCUCCCGGGGUUCUGGCCUCGGCCAUGUGUUCCCAUUUCAGAAUGGGACGAACGCAGACGAGGAAGAGGUCUUCAUGCCUCCGCCUAAGCGAGUCAAAAAGGUGGCCAUGGACACAAGGAGCAUGUCCAGCGGGUCCGAGAUCUCCUUCCGGUCGAUGCCGAUGAGUAUUGGGUCGAUAGGCGGAAUUGAGGGAGAUACCUCGAUUGACCGGCUCGCUCAAACUCAAGACGCCUUCGGAGAGUCGGUCCUUAUGAUGGCUAUCCAACAUCGGCAGCCGGGGGCGCUGAAAUAUCUCCUUUCGCUGAGGAACUACUACUCGGCCGAGGUCGUCCUGGAUGACCAGAACAACGAAGGGACCACGCUGUUCAGCGCUGCCGUCCAGCUAGGUGACGAGACUAUUGUCAACACGGUCCUCGACUUCUUGUUAGAUGCUACGAGCGACAGCCGGAUCAGCCGCUACCUCGCCAUCCAGGACACCUGGGGCAGGAGCGCCGCCCACUACUUGUUCCACGCGCCGUUUCUAAUACAGCGCAUCGGUAGAUUGCUACCGUGGCGUCAAAAGGACAAGAACGGGCAAACGCCGCUGUUUGCGCUAUGCCGGUCGUACGAUCACCCCAACUACGCCGUCAUGGUCAAAGAAGCGUUAGAGGCGGCCACCAGGACCCAAGGGGAUAACCUACCGCUGCACCUGGACAGCCAUGUCGAUAUCAAAGGGAACACGCUGUUGCACAUUGUCAACGACGCGCACCUGGCCAUGUUGAUCCUCCAAAAAUGCGACGUCGACGUCAACGCGACGAACGAGAAGCGCUUCACGCCGCUGAUGCUGGCCAGCAAAUACGGCCGCUUCGGCAUGGUCCGGGCGCUGUUCGGCGACCCGCGCGUCGACAUCGCUGCGCGAGAGCUGCGGGGACUGACGGCGGUCGAGCUGGCCAAGGACGACGAGGUGCGGAACAAGAUCGACGACUUGACGCUGUUCUCCCAGAUGCCCUGCAUGGAUUCCCGGACCACGGGUGUUGUCCGCGCUUACUUUGUCGAGGACGCCUCGGUCCGCUUCGUGCUCAAGUCGGGCGCGCCGGUGGAUAGCCAGAGCUUCGCCGUCACAACCUGCCGGCGGUCCCUGAGCGACUUUGAGCAUCUCGCCAAGUUGCUGCAGAUGGAGAACCCGGCAUCGUGGAUCCCUUCCCUGGCGGACCUGCGCUCGCCGAUACAGGUCCCCUCGAAGCCCAGCCGUGCCGUGCUCAAGGACCUGCAGAUCAGGAUGGACUGGUUCUUGAGGGUUCUGCUCCAACACCCGACGUUUGCGACGCACGAGAUGCUGUGGGAGUUCUUCCUCGUGCCGGACCUGCAGUUGGAUAUGAUGGCGGAGCGGAGCAAGCUGAAGGCGGAUGCCGAGAUGGAGAAGGUGCAUGACGAGUUCGAGCCGGUGGAGGAUCUGCGUGAGGUCGAGCAGUUCAUCGACCAUGCGCGGGACAUGGUGCGCAGCGUGCACUUUUCUACGAGGAGUGUCGCACGGCGGGCCAAUGUCGUCGGCAAUGUCGUCAUCGGUACGUUCGCCCUUCUACCCCUUAACCACUUUCCCCGUCUACAUGAGUGUAGAGUACUGAUGUUGUUUACCCCGUCUAGACCUUUUCGAGUCCUCAACCCUCUUUGCCCGCAGCCUCUCCACCCUGCCCUUUCUUCCCGCCGGCCACAUAACCGCGUUCGCAACCUACGUCAAGGCCCUCACCCCUUCCCACUCGUCCCCCCACGCCAGUUCUUCACAACCUUCCUCACGCUCUACAACAACGUCGAGUCCGUCCUGAAGGCUCUCGCCCGACCACCCCAAACCAUCUCGCGCAUCCACGCUGUGCGGCGCGACGCGGAACGCAGCUACAACUCGCUCAACCGGUCGUCGCGCUGGCCGCUCGGCCUGAGCCUGCCGGUGUUGGACGAGACGAGGCAGCGGCAGAACGAGGAACGCGAGGAGAAGGCGCGCCGCAGCGAGGGCGAGGCCGAGACCCUGUGCAGGGAGCUGCGAUACGCGCAGCAGACGGUGGCUGGGGAGCUAGCCGGGUGGAGGGACAUGCACGAGCGCAUGGGUCGGCGGGCGAUUCGCGACCUGGCGAGGGGGAUGGUGGUUGGGGAGAGGAUGCGGUUGGAGGGGAUGCAGAGGGCGUUGAGGGUUGCGAGGGAGGGAUGGAGUGGGGUGGGUAAUGAGGAGGAGAAUGCUGAUGGGUGGGGUGGUAGUGGUGGUAAUGGGAAUGGUGAAAUGGGCCAAGCUGGGGAGGGAAGCCGGAGCUGGUGA